CAGAGCAGAGCUGUGAACAGAACAGAAGAAUAUCUGUGGUUGCACGUCUGCUCUUUAAGGCCUCAGGAUGAUCUCCGUUCACCCUGCUGUUGCUGUCGUCUGUUUGCUGUUUUUAAUCACCACUGAAGCAUCAAUAUCAUCUGGAAGAGGUGGUAGAAGUUUUCCCCAUGACAUCAGAACAAAAUCAGGACUGAAUACGCUAUUUAACUCCAGAGUUGUCAAGGCAGAGAGAGUGCGAAGGCCAUUGGGAGGGUUCCCUGUAAUUGGACCACUGAGCCACACAGGGGUCAGAGUUACACUGACUGAUGGAAGUCAAAAGCUGAUUCAUAAAGGAUCUGGAUAUGGCAGAAGCUCAGAGACUGUGGUAGUAGAUGCAAAACACAUGAGUCCUAAGUGGAAGGUAAUUGAAACAAAAGAUAUCAAAGGGACAAGAACCAUUUCUGAUUUUGUAAAAGCUGGAGGCAGGAAUUACAAUGUCUUGACAGACAAUUGCCAUAGUGGCUCCCGUAAAAUGAUGGACCAGAAGUAACAGUCACGACCAUAUUUCCUGCUCCUCCUAAAGUCAACUGUUUUAGUACUUUUGAGAUAUUAAGUUUUCAGUCUACAAGGAAUUUAGUCUACUUUUCUAUAUUUCUGACUCAUAAACUGUAAUCAGCCAAAUUUGCAGAAAGUAAAUCAAGUGUAAGAAGCUUAUUUUAUUCUCUAUCAGCAGCUGAUAACCUAUACAAUUAAAGUGAAUCAGCUUUUUCCUAAAUUGUAAUAUUGUGUAGUGAAUAUGAUGUCUAUCCUCUAUGGAUGAAAACAUCCCACUGUUUUACUACUUAUCUAUAUGUUUUCUUUCUAAACAAUCUUCCCCAUUAAACUAAAAUU